CUCUCGUACUCUGCCUUGGCAGCCGCCUGCUUCUGCUCCUCGGUGGCGACCGGCGGCGGCGACCGCUGCUUCCUGGCUUUAGCCGGCCGGUACUUGUCGCCGCCACCACCACCACCUCCUCCUCCUCCUCCUCCUCCUCCUCCUCCUCCUCCUCCUGCGUCUCGUCUCCUGGGCUCGGUGCGGCGGUCAUUGCCGCGUGGUGAUCGUGGGUGGUGGGCAAUCUGCCUCGGCGACCUCUGCUCGUGUCCGUCCUCCUGGCGUCUUUCCCUCAUUGGCGCCGGCGACCGUGAUGGAGAUUCAUGUCGAGACCGAGACCAAGACCGAGAUCGCGCCGCAGGUGAGGGCGACCGAGGCCUCGGCGAUGGGCUGCGUGCAUCUCGCGCAUCUGGUGACGACAUGAUGAUCGGGUAUACCGCGUCGUGUGGGAUAGAUCGUUCGGCGAUGGCGAUUGAGUGCUGGCGCACAGCGUUGUCCAAACCAGUACCCACCCAGUACGUUGAAUCUCAAGGCGCCGGCAGCCUUGACGAAUUGCAGUAG